AGACUUUACCAGUCUCAAACAGUUAAAAAUUUGAAUAUAUUCCCUCUUUGAGCGGUACAGCAAACUUCAAACUCACUGGAGAGUUCACAGGGCACUUUCCUUUCUAUACUCUGAUAGAUAGAUAUGGAAAUCGCAUCAGGUCCCUUCACUUCCUGCUCCAAAGAGCAGCAGAAACUGUUUCAGGACUGGUUUAACUUCGCCGAUUCAGAUGGAGAUGGUCGGGUUACUGGAAAUGAUGCGACCAAGCUUUUUGGCAUGUCGGAUCUUAGUAAGCCUCAACUCAAGCAGGUUUGGGCUCUUGCUGAUUCCAAACGACAAGGGUUUUUAGGCAUCAAUGAGUUUACUACUGCCAUGCAGUUGAUAUCUUUGGCACAAGAAGGGGAAGAGCUAAACUCAGAUCUCCUCAACCUUAAGACUGCAGCUGGUGUGAGCCCUCCAACCAUGAAAGAUUUGGAUGCUUUACUUGCAAGUGCUAAUGGUUCAUCCCCGAAUUCUAGUGGUUCACUAACAGAAAGCCCACCACAAACAAAUGGUAGCAAGCCAGACACAAAUGGAACUACACCGCUGCGGCCGAUACCAUUAAAUAUACCGCUGCGGCCGAUACCAUCAAUCAAAAUGUUCAGCUCAAGAUCUUCUAGAAAGAAGCUACAAGUGGCAGUUCAACCUUCUCUUACUGCUGUCACUUCUGUAAUUGACGGUUUAAAGAGAUUAUACAAUGCAAAGUUGAAGCCACUGGAAGUUACAUAUCGUUUCAAUGAUUUUGUGUCACCAGUAUUGACGGAUAGUGAUUUUGAUGCUAAACCCAUGAUCAUGCUUUUGGGUCAAUACUCAACUGGGAAAACCACAUUCAUUAAGCACCUAUUGAAGUGCAGCUAUCCAGGAGCUCACAUUGGACCAGAGCCAACUACUGAUAGAUUUAUUGUUGUUACGUCUGGGCCAGAUGAAAGGAGCAUUCCAGGAAACACCGUUGCUGUUCAUGCAGACAUGCCAUUUACAGGUUUGAGUACAUUUGGAGGAGCAUUUUUGUCGAAAUUUGAAUGUUCACAGAUGCCACAUCCACUCCUUGAACAUUUUUCAUUUGUGGAUACUCCUGGUGUCUUAUCUGGAGAGAAGCAAAGGACCCAACGAAGUUAUGAUUUCACUGGUGUUAUAUCAUGGUUUGCUGCGAAAUGUGACCUCAUUCUUCUCUUAUUUGAUCCUCACAAACUUGACAUUAGUGAUGAAUUCAAACGUGUUAUAUCAUCUCUACGUGGUCAUGAUGACAAAAUCCGUGUUGUGUUGAAUAAGGCAGACCAAGUUGAUACCCAACAACUGAUGAGAGUUUAUGGUGCGUUAAUGUGGUCCCUUGGCAAAGUUCUGAACACACCAGAGGUUGUGCGAGUCUAUAUAGGUUCCUUCAAUGACAAGCCUGUUAAGGAAGAUACUGAUUAUAUGGGGAAGGAUCUUUUCGAGAAAGAGCAAGAUGACUUGCUUGAAGACCUGAUUGAUAUUCCUAAAAAAGCUUGUGAUCGUAAGAUCAACGAAUUUGUGAAACGCGCUAGAGAUGCUAAGAUACAUGCCUACAUAAUCAGCCAUCUCAAGAAAGAGAUGCCAGCAUUGAUGGGGAAAUCUAAAGCACAGAAGCGCCUCGUUGCUAACCUUGAAACUGUAUUUGCAGAGGUUCAAAGAGAGUUUCAUUUACCAGUGGGCGAUUUUCCUAGCGUGGAUCACUUUAGGGAGGUUCUGAUGCGCUACAGUAUAGAAGAUUUUGAGAAGUUGAAGCCUAAGAUGAUUCACGGAGUGGAUGAAAUGCUGGGCUAUGACAUUCCAGAUCUCCUCAAGAGCUUGAGAAACCCUUAUGAUUAAAUCAUAGACACACUAGAACUUCAAGAAUGUUUGAAGUGAGUGAACAAACUGCAAUAAGAAUACUGCUUUAUUCUCAUAGGAAUUAGUGCAAUUGGAUUUUGAAUCUCCUAGAGUCCUAGAUUUGUACUAGCUUGUUUUGAGUGUCUAUUUUUCCUUUGCAUAUUUUUUUGGAAUUCCAUGA